AUGAAUCUUAAGUUCAUACACAGAAGAGCCAAGCUAGUGGAAUUCAUUCAGACUCCAGCAGCGGGAAAGAGAAGACCUCCAAAAGAAGAAGGAAAACCAGCAGAGCAGCCACCGGAGCAGCCAGCGGAGCAGCCAGCGGAGCCCUACGGAGGACCAGAGCAGCCAGCGGAGCCCUACGGAGGACCGGAGCAGCCAGCGGAGCCCUACAGAGGACUGGAGCAGCCAUCGGAGCCCGAAAGGCAGUCUCCGAAGACAGAAGUCCUACGGAGGAUCGGAGCAGCCAGCGGAGCCCUACAGAGGACCGGAGCAGCCAGCGGAGCCCGAAAGGCAAUCUCCGAAGACAGAAGCUCUUCGAAGGAUCGAAACAGUCAACAGAGCUCCGUGUGUAACCAGCAGAACCGCCACGAGGAAGGAGACUUCGAGAGUCCGGGCGUAGAUUCAAAGCUUUUCUCCUAUCAUCUACAGAAGCACUCUACUAAGAAACUGUAG